AUGUCUCAAAUUGUCUCAUUACGUGCAUUACGUCCAAAUUCAACUAUUACUAAUGCAUUGCGAAGGACAAGUUCUGCACAUCGACUAUGUCAAUAUUCAACUUUCUCAACAUCAUCUAAUCAAAUUUCAAUUGUAGAAAAGAAUAAAUCUUUAAAACGAACUCACUCUGUUCAUACAAUGCCUAUCAAUUCUUCUUCUCAUGCUUCAGUUUAUGCAUUUACUCAUCAUCUUCAUACAAGCCCAGAAUAUUUUGACUUGAUUGAUGUAUGGACACCAUCAGUUCCUGAAUCAGUCAAAGAAGCUGAAGUUGAAACAGACAAAAAAACUUUUAAUGGUGAUGAUAUUACAUCCGAUGCUCAAAUAGCCAAACUUAAUACAAGUGAUGAUGUAAAACUAGUAUCAGAAAAUAAAAAAGAUGAAUCGAUAGAUAAAGUCAAUACUGAACAAACAAAAGAACAAUUAUCUACGAGUUCAAUUUCAUCUAAACCAACACAUAAAUUAACUACAUCAACUAAACAACAAGUUAGUGCAAUUGAUACAAAUAAAAUUCGUAAUACACGAUCAGAAACACGUGUAAAAAUGUCAAGAAUGCGUAUAAGAAUAGCUGAACGUCUUAAACAAGUACAAAAUACAUGUGCAAUGUUAACGACUUUUAAUGAAAUUAAUAUGAGUAAUAUUGUUGAAUUUCGUAAAAAAUAUGCUGAUCAAUGUCUAAAACGUCAUAACAUUAAAUUAGAAUUUAUGUCAACAUUUGUUAAAGCAUCUGCAUGUGCUCUUUUAGAUAAUCCUAUUGUUAAUGCAGCUAUUGAUGGAAAUGAAAUAGUCUAUCGUGAUUAUGUUGAUAUUAGUGUUGCUGUUGCUACACCAAAGGGUUUAGUUGUACCUGUUCUUCGAAAUGUCGAAAAAAUGAAUUAUGCUGAUAUUGAACAUGCAAUCAAUGAAUUUGGUGAAAAAGCAAAAAAUGAUUCACUUACUAUUGAUGAUAUGAAUGGUGGAACAUUUACAAUAAGUAAUGGAGGAGUAUUUGGUACACCAAUUAUCAAUCCACCACAGUCAGCUAUUCUUGGUAUGUAUGGAAUAUUCGAUCGACCUGUCGUUGUUAAUGGCAAAAUGGAAAUUCGUCCAAUGAUGUAUGUAGCACUUACAUAUGAUCAUCGUAUUCUAGAUAGUCGUGAUGCUGUUCUAUUUCUUCAAAAAAUUAAGCAAUAUAUAGAAGAUUCUCGUACUAUUUUUCUUGAUUUAUAA